ACCCCUGUGUUGCUCGCAGAGAAAUCAGACAUGGGGCUGCUGCUGCCAAUCCUUCUGGCCUUUCUCUCAGCUUUGAUUGGAGGGCUCUACCUCCUCGGAGUGUUUCGACAACGAAGACCAAGAGAGCCUCCUCUGGACAAGGGGCUCAUCCCUUGGCUGGGUCAUGUCUUGGAGUUUCGCAGGAACACAUUAAAGUUCCUAGAGAGGAUGAUGCAAAAGCAUGGCGAUGUUUUCACAGUGCAGCUGGGAGGGUUUUACAUCACAUUCUUUCAGGACCCUCUGUCGUUUGGGGCGCUUGUGAAGGAAAGCCGAGAAAAGCUGGACUUCAAUGAGUUCGCCGUGCAUCUGGUGCACAGAGUGUUUGGUUACAAAGCCGAUAGAUCCGACCACAACAUUCUCCAGAAUUCCAGCAACAAGCAUCUGAAAGGGGACGGCCUAGAGGUGAUGACACAGGCUAUGAUGAGUAAUCUGCAGAACCUGAUGUUGAACACCAUGGGAUCAGCUGCUGACCAAAAGACCUGGGUGGAAGAGGGACUGUUUAUGUACAGCUACAAUGUUGUUUUCAGGGCUGGCUACUUGUCCCUCUAUGGUAACUGGCCACACAAGUCAGAGGGGAGUGAAGAAAAAGCCAAAGAGAAAGACAGAGCUGAAUCAGAGGCCCUAUUCUAUGAGUUCCGUAAAUAUGACCAGCUGUUUCCCAACCUGGCUUACGGGGUCCUUACACCCAGGGGAAGGAUGGAGGUAAAGAGGCUUCUGGGAUACUUCUGGAACACUCUGUCGGUGCAGAAAAUGAAGAUAAAGGACAACAUCAGUCGUUGGGUGUGGGACAUGCAGCAGGCCAAAGAAGAGCUGGGAGAGAGUGAGUCUAUGAUCGACAGGUACAUGUUUGUGCUCCUGUGGGCCUCUCAGGGAAACACCGGGCCGUCUGCCUUCUGGCUGCUCCUCUUCCUCAUGAAGCACCCAGAAGCCAUGGCAGCAGUGAAGGAAGAGGUCGACAAGGUCGUGAGGGAGUCUGGGCAGGAAGUCAAACGUGGUGGCCCUUUGCUUGACCUGACACGUGAGAUGCUGAUGAAAACACCAGUCUUAGACAGCACUGUGGAAGAAACCCUACGACUCACUGCUGCACCCCUUCUUACCAGAGCAGUGCUCCAGGAUAUGACCAUCAAGAUGGCCGAUGGGCGUGAAUAUUCUAUACGCAAGGGGGACAGAGUUGCUCUGUUUCCUUACAUCGCUGUUCAGAUUGACCCUGAGAUCCACCCAGACCCACAGUCAUUCAAGUACAACCGCUUUCUGAAUCCAGAUGGAUCAAGGAAAACAGAUUUCUACAAAGGAGGGAAGAAGGUGAAGUACUACACCAUGCCCUGGGGUGCUGGGGUCUCCAUGUGCCCUGGGCGUUUCUUUGCCACCAACGAGUUGAAACAGUUUGUUUUCCUCAUGUUGGUCUACUUUGAUUUUGAGCUGAAGAACCCGGAUGAGACGAUACCAGGAAUCGACUUCAGGCGCUGGGGUUUUGGAUCGAUGCAGCCUGACAGAGAUGUUCAGUUUCGAUACAGACUCAGAUAUUAAAACAAUCAUUGUUAUGGCUCUAAAACUUUAAUCAUGUCUGUUGGCUUUAAUCUGAUAAUCAUGUUUCAUGGCUAUUCACUCUUAUCUUGCACUUUGAAAAUAGUUGAAUUAACUUCCACAGUGGCCUGUGUGCAUUGAGUUUAAUGUGAUUGUAACAUUACUAAAAAGAAACAAGUCAAAUCUAAAAAUCGUGCUUGGCUGCAUUUGUUUAUAGAUUCAGUACUAUGAGAUUAAUGCACUUUGUUUUACCGUUUGAAGUUCUACACUUUUCUCAUAUGCUCUCAUUAAUAAUGAUGAAAUAAUUGAAUGUAUUUGAAGAAAAAAUGCUUUUAAACUUUAAGAAAGGUGCUGUUGCUUUGAUGGUAUUUUUUAUGCACGCUGUUGGACAGUAAUGAUUGUAAGGCAGUCUGAUUUGAUAUUUUGUAGAACUGAACACAGAUUUGUUUGUGUAACCCGAAUGCCAGAAGGAGUAAGUGAUAUCUUUAAUCACCUCCGUGUCCCAUGUAAUGCUCAACCUGUUGAUCAAGAUAGGUCAUGCAUUAAUGAAAUGUAACUGUACUGGUUUCACAGCAAGUUAAUGGUAAAGUUUUAUACAGGCUCUUCUUUUCUGCUUGUAACUUCUCAGAACUGCAGUCUCUGAGCUUCACUGUUUUACAGUGUAAUUGCCCACUUGCUAAAACUAUGCCAGAGCAAUUGAAGGUUUGCUUAGCUGCAACAAUAAAUUAGUUAUUGCUACACAACAUAACAGAUAGCAGUAUCUGUCAGAUACUGCUUACUCAUUAUCUCCUGAGCUGAUGAUUCAGUAUUAUAUUACAACAGCUACAGUAAUCUUAAGUUUGGAGUGAUUGAACUCUGAUUGUAUUUUUGGCAUGUAAAUGUAUUUAUAAACCUUGUUAGAUGUUAUUUUAUGAUACUAAGCACCACUGUUUUGAAAAACAGUCCCUGCAUUGUAAAGCUGUACGGUUAACUGCCUGAUUAAAACUACAAGUGGCC